AUGAACCUUGCACUUCGAGAAAACAAGGUCGACAGCUCCCUGUUCUAUCUUGUGGAGAACACCAAAAGGCCUCAGUUCUCACCGUUCAAGAUCUAUCAUCAGUCAUGCUGUCAGACUAUUGGCACUGUGAUCAAGCGGGACUUUAACAACAAUGACAAGAUGUACUGUCUAGACCCGGACAGCGUGGCAUUGACUCUUCAACUCAUCAACACAAAGACUUCACGCUGGAAGAAAAUAGACCCUAAUAUCUUUGAGCAACUUGGAGUCAAGCUAGUCAAUCAAGUCAAUCAACCUCAAUCUCAAUCGAACAAUGCCGUCAUCAUCAAUGGAAAUGGAGACAACAACAAUGAUACAAUCAUGUCACCCGAGACACCAAACAAGAACACUCAUACACUUCAUUACCUGACCACAAUCAUACCGAAACAACCAAACAUGCAACAACUGAUGGUCCCCAACAUGGACCUCUAUGACUUUCAAGUUGAAUCACUCUAUAUCGCACUGCAAUCCAACUCAAUCCUCAUCCUACCGACUGGACUAGGAAAGACAAUGGUCUCUGCACUACUUAUACAACAGAUGCACAUAUGCAAUGGACAGAACCACAUCGACACGGUGGUCAAGCGGAUGGCAUUGUUUGUCGUGGCCAGAGUACCAUUGGUGAACCAGCAGGCGUUGGCCAUCAAGACAUUCUUCCCAUUACUCAAAACGGUUACCAUCCACGGUGGACAGAAACAAUUCACAGAGAUCACAAGCGUCAAUGACGACAGACCCGACGUCAUCUUUUGCACUGCAGACACAAUUCUCAACUGUCUGUUGGUCAAUCAGCUGCGCCCCAAAGACUUCCACCUGGUCGUCCUGGACGAGGUGCACAACUGCUCGGGCGGCCACCCCUUUGCCCGUCUGGCCAAGAUCUUCACGGACAUGACCGAGAAGGCUUACUCUCCCCUCAUCUUUGGAAUGACGGCGUCGCCUACAAGCACCUCCGGCAGCAUUGAGGGGGCGCUAAAGAACCUCGAGAUGACGCUCAAUGCAGCAUCGUUCAUUCCUCAUUCGAUCAAGGAAUACAAGAAGGAGGUGGCCACCAUGAACCUGGUGCCAUUCACCUUCAACCAACUGCAGUCUGAGGUCCGAGAGGUGAUUGAGAGCGCCAUUAGAGAGAUAGCUUCCUGUUUCCACUGCGAACUCCCAAUGUUCUCUGAGAACCUAGAGUACAGCCAUCAGAGGAUUGGCUCGUUCAUCCAUGCUGCGCGCCAACUCGAGACCUACAUCUUCAAUCUCAAGAUCAACAACAAGUUCACUCAAACGCUCACCUAUCAAACCAUACAUCUGUUCAAACUGAUCGAAUUGUUGUCGAUCAUUGAGAUUGAGAGCGUGCGACAGCUGGAGAACCAAGUUCACAGCGAGCUACUGGAUGCAUCCAACGCUGACAUCAACCAGGCGUUCAACGUCCAUCUCCGCCACAUCCUGCAGGUGAUCCAAUCGCGACCCGACCGCAUCAUGUAUGACCAGCUCAAUUCGGAGAAGUACAGCAAGCUUGCCGAUCUCAUCAAGUCCAAUCUAAACGGCCCGAAUGGCUCGUCAUUCAAGUGCAUCAUCUUUGUACGCAUGCGCACCACCGCGCUCCGCCUGCUAGGUGUGCUGCGCAAGGAGGAGUUCAACGAGCAGAUCAACUCCAAGUACGUGGUUGGCAACGUAUCGAAUGAUGAUGGCAUGGAAUACAGCAAACAGAGCUCACACAUCCAGAAGUUCAGAGAGGGGCAGUGCCGACUGAUCGUUUCCACAUCGGUGCUCGAGGAGGGCAUCGACGUGCCAUCGUGCAACGUCAUCAUCUGCUUCGAGGAGGACCUACAGCUGCGCUCCCUUAUCCAGCGACGCGGGCGUGCUCGCGAACGAAACAGCCAGUUCCACGCUAUGCAGUUCCAGGAGGACCCGAAGCGGCCGCCUGUCAACCCGCUGAUCGCCCUGCUCAGACGAGAGAAGAUUAUGAUGAACCUGGUCAGGCAGCGCAUGGCCAUUAAUGGACUGAAUGACCCCACCAAGCUCACUCAGUUCAUGAAUGACUACAAGCGAUUCAAAGAACAACGAAGCCCCGACUGCUUGGACGCGACUCACAAGACCAACCAUGGACCAUCAAUAUCACCUCAGCUCAUCUCAUUGUUCCUCACAUUCUAUCAUUCCGAUGCCAUUGGUGCAUUUGAUCAAAGUACAUUCAGCGACAUCACACUGCAAGACAAGUUACAGUUUAUCUUUAGAGAGUUUGUAGACAACACGCCAUCAAAGGCAACGGCAACAACCACACCGACAAAUACUUCACCAUCAUCCUCAUCAUGGAUGACACAAACCAAGAUGGUGGCAAUCGAUGCCCCAAUGUCAUGGUCCCACAACCUUUUAAUCAAUCUGCGACAACUCCUUUCCAUUUGGACACCCUCACAUUACUGUUGGCUUCAAGUCAAGACUGGAGGUGAUCAUCACUCAAACAUCAUCGCCACCCCAUCCUCAUCAAGGACCAACAACUCCACACUGCAGACUAGUGUACGCUACCUGGAAGGUGGCGACUUUAUCACUCCCACUCAAUUCAGGACUGUGUGGCGCGAACACUCAACAUCAUCAACGUCGACCUCAUCAUCAUCAUCUUCAUCUGCAACUGGAGUGUCACUUUUAUUUAGCAACGAUGCUAAUAGGUUGACGCUUUACUUUCACGAGCGCCAUCAACAGGUUGUAUUCAUCAUGGGAGAUCUCGAGAACUUCCUAUUGUACGACCUAUUCACAAGUCACUUCUAUCUCACGACAAAGCGAUCCCCGAGGAUAUACCAGAUGGACCCGACCACCAACCAGGUGGCCAGUCGUCAGAGCUGUCUACCCAGUUGCCCAUUAUCAGGUCCAAUGACCUUUGUAUUCAGAUUCAAGUUGGAUAUGCCACAGGGCAUGGAUGAGACGUACCUGGCCGACCUGUUCCAGCUGCCCCUCUACUACGCGGCCAUUCACACGAUCACCAAGCCGAUCACAAUACCACGAUUCAACUUUUAUCUGAACCGUCGUCUUGCAUACCUGGUGCACAUCUUUGAGACCCAUCAACAGUUUGGCAAGGCGAGCCUCACACAAGACUUUUAUGACACGAUCGAGGACUUGGCCAACAAGGGCCAGAUUGCCAAGGCCGAGCAGAUGCUCAAUCUUGCGAUGGCCACGAUGAACAAGUCUCACUUGCCUACGCCAAACUGCGCUCAGGGACAGGCCACCCUCCCGCCAGUGAUCGACCUUCCAACCAAUCACUGCCUGAUCAAGAAGGCACGACUCACGCCAACACGUGUCAUCUUCCUGCAGCCAAUACUGAUGAUGUGUAACAGGGCCAUUCGUAUGUCCCACCCCGACAACUUCCUCAUUGUACAGCUGACCGAGGAGGAUGGCGGCGAGAUCAUUGAGAACCAGACACUGCUUAACACACAGACACACACACGUCUGCUCCAUGGCAUCAACAUUCAAGGCGAUGGCACCUAUUUCUUCCUGGGGAGUAGCUCGUCACAAUCGCGUCGUGGCACUUGCUGGUUCUAUCGCAGCCGCGACGGCGAGGACUUGGUGCAUGUGCGCAACACAUUGGUGGGUGAGACCUCACUCUAUCCCAAUGCGCGCAAAUACCUGCGUUGCCUCAACCUUGUGUUCCCAUCGACACGCCCGGUGAUGCUCAUAGAUGGGCACGACUACCACGAAGGCCUGGAUGACAUCAUCAUCAAUGGACACAACUUCUCAGAGGGCGUUGGCUAUAUUGGCAUUGACACGGCACAGGAUGUAAUCACGAGAUGCUCCUACCCAAACAGCACCAGCGCCUUUCAGAUUAGGAUCGGUGGAAACAAGGGCGUCGUGUCCAUUCAUCCUACGAUCAGACGAGGCCUCUAUCUGCGCAAUAGCAUGCGCAAGUUCCACACUACACCAGAGCCACACAACCGCACACUCGAGAUCAUCAGUAUAAGCUCCAACAAGCCAUGCUACUUGAAUCGCCAGAUCAUCAAUCUGUUCUCAGGUCUGGGCGUUCCCGACCACUGUUUCAUGGAGUUGCUUCAGGACGCGCUCGACAAUCUUGCACUGAUGUUCUAUGAAUCCGACACUUCCAGGACACUGCUUGAGUCGAUCGACCUGUUCCGCGACGUCAGCUGGGCGGCUGUCAAGGCAGACCCCAUGGUGCGCCAGAUUCUUGCGCUCAUAUACCAGAAGCGUGUGGCUAACUACCGCGACAAAUCCUUCAUCCCCAUCCCCAAGGCACGCACACUCCUUGGCGUACUCGAUGAGACCAACACUCUUGUGGCAGGCCAGGUGUUCAUCAAGCUGAGCACCAUUGGACUCCAAGGAACUCUGAUUACUGGUCGCGUUGCAGUCUGCAAGAAUCCAUGCCUACAUCCUGGCGAUGUGAGGCUGCUCGAGGCUGUUGACGUGCCUGCCCUGCACCAUCUUCUGGAUGUGGUAGUGUUUGCCGCACGCGGCUCAGUACCCGACUUCAAACAAUGCUCUGGCUCCGACCUCGAUGGCGACCGCUACUUCUGCUGCUUCGACCAAGACAUGCUCGAACACAUGGAUGAGCAUGAGCCAUACAUUGGCAGUGAGGACGAUGGGUCAGCCUCAUCUGACAACCGACCCAUCGAUCAAACCGCACUGAUGGAUCAAUACAUGGACAGCAUUCAACGUGGCACACUUGGACAGAUUGCACUCUCACAUCUGGCUGUUUCCGACUACCACUCUCCAACGCACCCAUUGGCAAUCAACCUCGCCAAGCAACACUAUGUCGAGGUGGAUGCACCCAAGACUGGCGUACAUGCCAUGCUUCCCCUUGAGGUGGAGCAAGUCAUUGGCAACUAUGAGAGAUUCCCCUCAUUCAUGGAGCGCUCACUCCCCAGCAAGAAGUACUGGCAGUCCACCAAAGUCCUAGGCAAGCUCUACGAUCAAUGCAAACAGCUCUCUCAAGUGAUGAUGUACACUAUCUCCGAGUCCUCCACGUCAUCAACAUCAACAUCCUGCAACAGUGGAGCCAUCUCAGUAUACAUUGAUCAAGCGCGCCAAGACUACAACAUGUACAAGGUUGAGGUGAUACUGUUGCUCAACCGAUAUGAGGUUGGCUCUGAGGAGGAGUUGAUGGUUCAGUGCUCUGAGGAGAUCACCGAGAGGAACUCGCGCAAGGAGAUCAUCAAGGAGGGCAACCUAGCACUCAUUCAGAUCCAAAGACGUUGGAGGCAGGAAUUCAUUCGACAGCUCAACUUGUAUGAAUCUGACACUCUUGUGCACUUGUCCCCUGAAGUGCGAUUGAGUGCCGACUGCAAGGUUGCAGCAUGGCGUGCUGUCGCGGACGAGGACCGCACGGACCCCGUGCGCAGUUUCUACUGGAUAGUGCAACCCUUUGCAACUCAACCAACCAGCAAGGCCAAGAUGGACAAUAACCAAGAGCAACUACAGCUCUCUCUGGACAUUGUCAAGUUGUUCAAGUCAAAUGCACCACAAUUGAUUCGGACAUACACGGAGCGCGUACAGAUCGCCUCCACUCUGGUCAACAUACUUCAUCGAUUCGACCCUAUCUUCAAAGACGCGCAACUGUUUGUUUAUGGCUCCUCAUCACUGUUCCUCUUUGAGGAGCACAGCGACCUGGACCUCCAUCUCCUCCUCAAUCGCGGUGUCAACGACGCUGACAAAGCCACCCUGUAUCGCACGAUUGAGGCCGCGCUCAAGUGCACAGUGGCCGAGAUCGAGAACAUCAAAUACCUUGAGCACUCAUUCUUCCCGAUCGUUCGGUUCAAGAUGUGCACGGUCCACUGCGAUCUCUCACUCAACAGCAAUGGAACAGAGAAGACAUUACUCAUCACAGAGUACUAUCGACUAUACCCAUUCCUGUUGCCGUUCAUCUACAUCAUCGUUCAAUGGGGUCGCGAAUGCGGACUGCUCUCAUCGAUGGAUCGCAAUGGUACCACCACUCAGACGCGACUACUCAAGACCUGGUCAUUGGUGUGGAUGUCCAUCCACUACUGCAUUGAGUCUGGAAUCAUUCGGCCCGUGACUGUCACAACAUCCUCCGUGCCCAACCCUGAGGCACGAUGGUGGACCAGCUUGAUCGACUCUAUCAAGAUGGAUAAUACUCAUGUUAACAACAUUGGUCGCUACCUUCUAGGCUUCUACCGCUUCUACACCAUGCUGCUGGGCCGAACCAUAUGGCGCCAGGAGAAGUUGGUUCUCAUGUGUCCGUUGGACACGGUCGACUUCCCUAGCCUGUUGCUCGGCACGUCCGAGUCUGAGCACAACAGUUCCUUCCUCUUCGAGACGUUCCAACUGGCCUACCACACACUGGCAGCAUCGUGCAGCGACAUCAACGAGUUCAUCAAGAAGUCACUCAACAACAACACAAAGAUCAUACAUCUCGAUGGCAGUCUGAGCCGCUACGUCAGCCAAGAUGAGCAGUUCUUCACAGGCGGCAUCAUGGCCAAGACUGGCGCCUCCCUAUCCCUGCACCGCCAGCGCAAGAAGCGCUACCUGCUCAAGAUAUCGGGCGAUCCCCUCUCCAUCCAACAUGCGAUGCGCGAAGUCACUAAGCUCUACCACGAGGUGUCUCGAAUCCUCCUGAAAGUUCAUCGCAACAUUGUCUCUGGCGCCGGCACUCUUCUCCUGUUCGACGGGGCUGCCGACCGCUUCAGCAAGAUACGCUUCGAAGACACAAACAUAAUGCCCAACAUCAAUCACUUCCUCAAGCGACGAUUCAGACCCGUGGCCAUCGCCCCCAGCAUCGGCACGGAUGGCCUGGAAGAACAUAGAUUGCGUUUGCGUGACUCAUACCUCGAGUUCACCAAGCAGUGCUUCACACAGAUUCAUCGUCUCUACAAGAAUUACAUUCCCGAGCGCUAUGGCGAGGUACAGGUCUACAUGCGCUUCGGCUCGAU